UGUCCUCUCCAGACACAGGUCCACUCUCUGUGUGCCGGGGCAGGGGAGGGAGCAAUGCUGCAGGAAGCGCCCUUCACCUCCAAGUCCCCACUUCUCAGUGGACAGGCCUUUGUAGGAUCAAGCUUUGGUGGUCAGGCUGUCUUGCUUUGGAAGAAGGAGAUCUAGCUGACUGUCCCUGCAUAUUAACCUGGAUGACGUGACAUGGAUAUGUCCAGGGGGACAACAGCAGGCCCAGCAGAGGCCCCUUCCUCCUGACCAUACCCUCCACCAUUCUCGUCAACGUUGGGAUGUCUUGGCUGAGACCCACAGCUGAGUCCCUGCUGGAAACUAGCGGAAUGCUGGGUGGCUUCGAGUCUUCUUAGGAGGGGAGGAAAGAAACUCUCGUUGAAACAAAAGCCUCUCCACACAACAGGCCACUUCUCCAGUGAGCAUGGGCCUCUGACCUGGGGCCUGGCUGAAUGUAGGGUCUGACUACAGAGAGGGAGUUUGAGGUAGAGAGCACCACCUUCUGUUGGCCCAGGGCGGACAGUGUAGGCUGAGCCAGGGCCAGGCAGGGAGCUGGGCCCCUAGAGAGCUGUAGCUGAAAGUUAGACAUGACCCUGAACCACCAGGUGCUUGCUCUAGACACGGGGCACUGAGUGGGACAUAUCUGGGAUGAACAAAAAGGCAUCACUGCCCAGCGUUGGGAUGGGAGAGAGUCCACCGCUGAUUGGAAUCAGCAUUGUCAGCACAGCACAGGGAGAUAGGAGCAACGCCACUAAAUGCCAUCUCUGGAUGGGCGGCUGGCACUUUCACUUCAAAGGCGCCGAGGCUCUUAAGUUGGCAAGGAAGGGACCCGGAGAAGGGAGGACGAAGAAUUUCGCUUGAUGACCCUUGCCUUUUUGGGUCUGGGAUGAGCCGCGGGGAGCGCACCCUUAACUACCCAGAGUGCUGUGCCUUUAAGGUCCACUGGGGGCGUGAUGUCAGCCGCCCUCCGGCACUUGGAGAGGUGAGCGCGGCAGCCCGCGCAGCGGGUGACUCGGGGGCUGGGUUUGGAGAAAGACCUGCGGCGUGUUGGAGACUCCGACUUUGGUGUUGCGGCGCGCUAGCGCCCGCGGGCCAUGCCCCACUGACCCUAAGUGAGCACUGCCCCGGCUCCGGGAGGGCGAGACCGGAGCACCGGCCAUGGGAAGCCUCCAGCUGGAAGACUUUGCGGCGGGCUGGAUAGGAGGUGCAGCCAGUGUCAUCGUCGGCCACCCUCUGGACACGGUCAAGACUCGCCUGCAGGCCGGCGUCGGAUACGGAAACACCCUCAGCUGCAUUCGCAUGGUGUACAGGAGGGAGAGCGUGUUUGGCUUCUUCAAGGGCAUGUCCUUCCCCCUUGCCAGCAUUGCCGUCUACAACUCCGUGGUGUUUGGGGUCUUCAGUAACACACAGCGGUUCCUCAGCCAGCACCGCUGCAGGGAGCCCGAGGCCAGUCCUCCACGCACGCUGUCGGACCUGCUCCUGGCCAGCAUGGUGGCCGGUGUGGUCUCUGUCGGGCUGGGAGGGCCCGUGGACCUCAUCAAGAUCCGGUUGCAGAUGCAGACACAACCGUUUCAGGACGCCAACCUCGGUUUGAAGUCCAAGGCAGUGGCUCCUGUGGAGCAGCCAGCAUACCAGGGGCCUGUGCACUGCAUUACAACCAUUGUGAGGAAUGAGGGCCUGGCAGGGCUGUACCGGGGGGCCAGUGCCAUGCUGCUGAGGGAUGUCCCAGGCUAUUGCCUCUACUUCAUCCCCUACGUGUUCCUGAGUGAAUGGAUCACACCUGAGGCCUGUACAGGCCCCAGCCCCUGUGCCGUGUGGCUGGCGGGCGGCAUGGCAGGAGCAAUUUCUUGGGGGACAGCGACUCCUAUGGAUGUUGUGAAAAGUCGACUCCAAGCUGAUGGGGUUUAUUUAAACAAAUAUAAAGGUGUCCUGGAUUGUAUCUCCCAGAGUUACCAGAAGGAAGGUCUUAAAGUAAGCCCACAGCAGGCCUGCGGGUUUGGGACCAUUUUCCCAUGUCAUGAAAUCUUCAGCUACAAGAUGGUUUUAACGCCAAGACCUCUCAGAUCCCAGAGUGGCCGGAUGCCUGCCCAACCUGUCGUACCUGCCACUGCGACCACCCUCGUGAUUAACUGCUUCAGUACAAAGAAGGAACUUUCUAGCAACCCAAUCAUGAUUGUCCUGCAUUUAGCCUUUCACAAGCAGUGACCAACGCAAUUGGAAGCUUUUCUUUCUGAAAGCGCUCUUUCUUGCAAGGGGCAUAGACGUCUGUCUCCCUCAGCAGAGAGGACUGCUAAGGCAGGGAGGAGUUUGUUGCCUCCUGGUGGGAGAGUGAGGUUCCCAGCCACUGGUCUGCAGAUUCAUCUUAAACAAGUCUUGCCCAUGGCAUUCAACUUCCUGUUCUAACCCCAAAACACCAAGGCCUGUUAACAAGACUGGAUUUUAAUUUACCAAGUAGCUCUGAGAUUUGGGGCAGGCCAUGCUCAGAUAGCAGUCACACCCACUCUUUGAAUGCCUCCCUCAUUGUCUAGACCCAGGACAGAGUGAGAUGACGUAUAUUAGAGAUCUAGGGAGUCAAGCCGUCCCUAAGAAGUGGCGGGAUGGGGACCAUCUCGAGAGUUCCUGGGUACAGAUGACAGGGAUGACUUGAGAAUUGUUUCUAAGAGCCUGCAGGGAAUAGAUCACCCAGCUCCCAGCAGCUGCCAGGUGCCUUCCAGCAACCAGGCACAGAGGUCUCCCCCAGCGUCCCCAAGUCCCAUGCGGGAAGAUCAGUGACCUUUGGUGGUAGAAGUGGCAUCCCGCCCACUCAUCAGUGGCUGGUUCUCAAACUUGUCUGUGGCUCAUCAAUCCAACUCUGCCAUCCACCUGUCCAAGACCAAGCUCCAGAGCUUCCUGGAAUAAUGCUGGUCUGCCCUCUGUCCUGACAUGCAUGCUCCAGAUCUCAGUAGCCUACUUGUAGUUUCAGGAAAACUGAUUUUCAAGGAAAGAAGACAUAGUCCUCUUAUGAUACCUUUUUUGAACAUUUACAAAUAGCCCCGGUAACCCUGAGAGCCUCUGCCACUCCGUACUUUGCCUCUUGGUGCUUCACAAACCCAGUCUCCAAAUGGAUUGUUUGACCCCAAGAUCCAAGAUUUCAAGACUCCUGUUAGAUGAUGUUCUUGUCUUUCCUCCUUUUUCCCAGGGCCUUAUCCCAUUAACAGGUCAAUGCUAACAGUGUCUGCAGAACCCAUGGUGUGAAUUUACUGAAGAGAAAGAAAGACUCUCCGCCAGGUGGG